GCAGCGGGCACGCACCGCCUCCUCGCGCCGCGCCCCCCCCCGCGCGCGCGCGGCGAGUGGUUCGGCCCGGCCCCCGGCUCAUUGUGCUCGCUUCACGCCGGCCCAAGAUGGCGGCGGCGCUGGAGGCCCCGGGCCUGUGACCACAAAGAGGGAGCCGGGGGCCGGACGGGAGCGCGGCGGCGGCGGCGGCGGCCGAGGCCCAGGCCGGGCCCCCUCCCCCCAGCCUCCCGCCCGUCCGCCCGCCCUCCGCGCCCGCCCGCCCCGCCCCCGCCGGCGGGCCCCGCCCCUCCCCCAACCGCCCGCCUAGCAUGGUGCGGCGGCCGCGCGCGCCGACAUGGGCGAGAAGCUGGAGCUGAGGCUCAAGUCGCCCGUGGGCGCCGAGCCCGCCGUCUACCCGUGGCCGCUGCCGGUCUACGACAAGCACCACGAUGCUGCUCACGAGAUCAUCGAGACCAUCCGAUGGGUGUGUGAAGAAAUCCCAGAUCUCAAGCUUGCCAUGGAGAACUAUGUUUUAAUCGACUACGACACCAAAAGCUUUGAAAGCAUGCAGAGGCUCUGUGACAAGUACAACCGGGCCAUCGACAGCAUCCACCAGCUGUGGAAGGGGACCACGCAGCCCAUGAAGCUGAACACGCGGCCGUCCAACGGGCUCCUGCGGCACCUGCUGCAGCAGGUGUACAACCACUCGGUGACCGACCCCGAGAAGCUCAACAACUACGAGCCCUUCUCCCCGGAGGUGUACGGCGAGACCUCCUUCGACCUGGUGGCGCAGAUGAUCGACGAGAUCAAGAUGACCGAGGACGACCUAUUCGUGGACCUGGGCAGCGGAGUGGGCCAGGUCGUACUGCAGGUCGCUGCUGCCACCAACUGCAAACAUCACUAUGGCGUCGAGAAAGCUGACAUCCCAGCCAAGUACGCAGAGACCAUGGACCGAGAGUUCAGGAAGUGGAUGAAAUGGUAUGGAAAAAAGCAUGCAGAAUACACACUGGAAAGAGGCGAUUUCCUCUCGGAAGAGUGGAGAGAGCGGAUUGCCAACACAAGUGUUAUAUUUGUGAAUAACUUUGCCUUUGGUCCUGAGGUGGAUCACCAGCUGAAGGAGCGAUUUGCAAACAUGAAGGAAGGUGGCAGAAUUGUGUCCUCGAAGCCCUUUGCACCUCUAAACUUCAGAAUAAACAGUAGAAACUUGAGUGACAUCGGCACCAUCAUGCGCGUCGUGGAGCUCUCGCCACUGAAGGGCUCGGUGUCGUGGACGGGGAAGCCGGUCUCCUACUACCUGCACACCAUCGACCGCACCAUACUUGAAAACUAUUUUUCUAGUCUGAAAAAUCCAAAACUCAGGGAGGAGCAAGAGGCAGCCCGGCGCCGGCAGCAGCGGGACGCCAAGAGCAACACGACCACUCCCACCAAGGUGCCCGAGGGCAAGGCGGCCGCGCCUGUGGACACCCCCAUGGAUUCUGGUGCUGAGGACGAGAAAGCUGGGGCGACCGCCGUCAAAAAGCCGUCCCCGUCCAAAGCGCGGAAGAAGAAGCUGAACAAGAAGGGCCGGAAGAUGGCCGGCCGGAAGCGCGGGCGUCCCAAGAAGGCGAGCACUGCGAACCCCGAGCGUAAGCCCAAGAAGACCCAAACUGCACUGGACCUCCUGCACGCGCAGACCGUGUCUCAGGCGGCGUCGCCCUCGCCGCAGGAUGCGUACAAGUCACCUCACAGCCCGUUCUACCAGCUACCUCCCAGCGUGCAGCGGCACCCCCCCGACCAGCUGCUGCUGGCCCCCACCCCGCCCGCACUGCAGAAGCUGCUAGAGUCCUUCAAGAUUCAGUACUUGCAGUUCUUGGCGUACACGAAGACCCCUCAGUACAAGGCCAACCUGCAGCAGCUGCUGGACCAGGAGAAGGAGAAGAAUGCUCGCUUGCUGGGCGCCGCGCAGCAGCUGUUCGGCCACUGCCAGGCCCAGAAGGAGGAGAUCAAGAGGCUCUUCCAGCAGAAGCUGGAUGAGCUGGGAGUGAAGGCGCUGACCUACAAUGACCUGAUCCAAGCACAGAAGGAGAUCUCGGCUCACAACCAGCAGCUGAGGGAGCAGACGGAGCAGCUGGAGAAGGACAACCAGGAGCUGCGGAGCCAGAGCCUGCAGCUGCUCAAGGCUCGAUGUGAGGAGCUGAAGCUGGACUGGUCCACGCUGUCCCUGGAGAGCCUGCUGAAGGAGAAGCAGGCCCUGAAGAGCCAGAUCUCCGAGAAGCAGCGGCACUGCCUGGAGCUGCAGAUCAGCAUCGUGGAGCUGGAGAAGAGCCAGCGGCAGCAGGAGCUCCUGCAGCUCAAGUCCUGCGUGCCGCCCGACGAUGGCCUGCCCCUGCCCCUGCGCGGGAAGGGCGCGCUGGGCCGGGAGCUGGAGGCGGAGCCCGGCCGGCUGCCCCUGGAGCUGGACUGCUCCAAGCUCUCCCUGCCCCACUUCAGCAGCAUGAGCCCGGAGCUCUCCAUGAACGGCCACGCGGCCGGCUACGAGCUCUGCAGCGCGCUGAGCCGGCCCUCGUCCAAGCAGAACACCCCCCAGUACCUGGCCUCCCCGCUGGACCAGGAGGUCGUGCCCUGCACCCCCAGCCACGGCAGCCGGCCGAGGCUCGAGAAGCUGUCCGGGCUGGCCUUGCCUGACUACACCCGGCUCUCGCCGGCCAAGCUGGUGCUGAGGCGCCACCUGAGCCAGGACCACGCGGUCAGCAGCAAGGCGGCCGCUGGCGAGCUGCACCCGAGAGCUGAGCACGCCAAGGAGAACGGCCUUCCCUACCAGAGCCCUGUCAUCGCCAACGGGAUCAAGCUGAGCCCUCAGGACCCUCGGCCCUCAUCCCCCGCGGCCUUACAGAUGACGGGAGAGAAGGGCAGCGAGAAGGGCCUGAAGGAGCGCGCCUACGCCAGCAGCGGGGAGGCCAUCACCAGCCUGCCCGUGAGCAUCCCGCUCAGCACCGUGCAGCCCAGCAAGCUGCCCGUCAGUAUCCCCCUGGCCAGCGUGGUGCUGCCCAGCCGCGCCGAGAAGGCGAGAAGCACCCCAAGCCCUGUGCCGCAGCCCCGAGACUCCUCAUCCACACUGGAGAAGCAGCCGGGUGCCGGUGCCCAUGGUGCCGCGAGCAGCGCUGCUGGAGGCAGAGGCCUCGCCCUGGCACCUGCGGGAUUCUCCUACGCUGGCUCCGUGGCCAUCAGUGGGGCCCUGGCGGGCAGCCCGGCCCCACUCGCUCCUGGAGUCGAGCCCACCGCCUUUGACGAGUCCUCCAGCUCGGGGAGCCUCUUCGCCACCAUGGGGUCCCGCAGCUCCACCCCUCAGCAGCCUCCCCUGCUUGUGCAGCCGCGGAACUCCGGCUCGGCCUCACCCGCCCACCAGCUCUGCGCCAGUCCACGGCUCGGCGCCGCCCAGGGUCCGCCCCCCGAUGCCGGCAAGGCAGACCUUCCCUGCGAGUCCGGCCUCUCCGACCCGGAGAGCGAGGCCAGGAGGAGGGUCGUCUUCACCAUCUCGGCAGGUGCCCCCGGCUCCAAGCAGUCGCCUUCCAGCAAGCACAGCCCCCUGCCCUCGGGUGCCCGUGGGGACAGCGGCCAGAGCCACGGGCAGGACAGCCGCAAGCGGGGCAGGAGGAAGCGGGCGUCGGUGGGGACCCCCAGCCUCAGCUCGGGUGUGUCCCCCAAGCGCCGGGCCCUGCCAUCCGUCGCCGGCCUCUUCACGCAGUCUUCAGGGUCCCCCCUGAACCUCAACUCCAUGGUCAACAACAUCAACCAGCCUCUGGAAAUCACGGCCAUCUCGUCUCCAGAGAGCUCCCUGAAGAGCUCCCCGGUCCCUUACCAGGACAAUGACCAGCCGCCCGUGCUCAAGAAGGAGAAGCCCCUGAGCCAGACCAACGGGGCCCACUACUCCCCGCUGACCUCGGACGAGGAGCAGGGCUCCGAGGACGAGCCCGGCAGCGCCAGAAUUGAGAGAAAAAUUGCAACUAUCUCCUUAGAAAGCAAAUCUCCUCCAAAAACCUUGGAAAACGGUGGCGGCCUGGCGGGGAGGAAGCCGACGCCCGCCGGCGAGCCCGUCAACAGCAGCAAGUGGAAGUCCACCUUCUCCCCGAUCUCCGACCUCGGCCUGGCCAAGGCCGCCGACAGCCCGCUGCAGGCCAGCUCCUCUCUGAGCCAGAACUCCCUGUUCGCUUUCCGGCCCGGCCUGGACGAGCCCGGCUCGGCUGACGCCAAGCUGGCCGCCCACCCCAGGAAGAGCUUUCCCAGCGCCCUGGCAGGGGCUGGCGGGCUGAGCCCGAGCAGCACCCCUCCCAACGGCUUCGCCUUCAGCGGGGGCCUGGCUGCUGACCUCAGUGCACACAGCUUCAGUGAUGGCGCUGCUCUCUCCCACAAGGCCCCUGAGGUGGCCGGCCUGGGUGCCGCCCCGAGCUUUCCCGCGCCGAGGGGCAAGGAGGCCGGUGCCGCGGAGCCUGGCUCAUUUGUGAACAAGAGGCAGCUGGAUGGACUGGGUGGCCCGAAGGGCGAGGGGGGCAAGGGCAGGGAUGUGGGCGAGCUGGGCCUGCCCGUGGUCGGGCCCUCGGACAGGGCCUUGCUGGUGCACAGCAAGGCGGGCAAGGGCCGCGACCGCGAGCCCGACUCCAAGAAUGGCCACAAUCUCUUCAUUUCUGCUGCCACUGUGCCUCCCGGGGGCCUCCUCAGUGGACCAGGCCUCGCCACGGUGGCAUCCUCGGCCGGCAGCGCAACGCCCUCUGCCCAGACGCACCGCCCCUUCCUGGGCUCCUUCACCCCCGGCCCGCAGUUCGCCCUGGGCCCCAUGUCCCUGCAGGCCAACCUGGGCUCGUCUGUGCUGCAGUCCUUGUUCAGCUCCGUGCCGGCCGCCGCCGGCCUGGUGCACGUCUCGUCCGCCGCGACCAGACUGACCAACUCGCACGCCAUGGGCAGCUUCUCCUCCGGGGUAGCAGGCGGCGCAGUUGGAGGUGUCUUUAACCACGCGGUGCCUUCCGCCUCUGCUCAUCCGUUUGGAGCCAGUUUCGCGGGCAGCGGGGCCGCGUGUCGCAGCGCCACGCUGAGCUUAACCCCGCUGCAGGCGGUGGCCGCCACCCCCGCCUCUUCCUUUCAGGCCCCGGCCUCGGUGGAGUCGCGGCCGCCCCCCCCCCCCCCCCCGGCCCGGCCCCCCGCGGGGCCGCCCACCCUGCCCGCCCCCCGCCCACCUAACGCCGCCUUGCCUCCUCCUCCCGCGCUGCUCCCGGCUAACUCCGAGCUUCUGCAGAGCCUCGCGUCCCUCCCCGCUAACCGAGCUUUCUUACCUGCCUCCUCUGCCGCCUCCCUGCCGCCUGCUAACGCCUCUCUGUCCAUCAAGCUCGCCUCCCUCCCGCACAAGGCCGCCCGCCCCGCCCUCACCGGGCCCCGCCAGCCCCUGCCCGGCCUGGCCCUGGCCCGGGCGCCCGUGCUCCCGCAGGCCAGCUCCACGGGGCCGUCCGCCGUGUGGGUUUCCCUUGGCAUGCCGCCUCCGUGUGCCGCGCGCCUUGCGGGGGUUAAGCCGCGAUAAAGACCUUGCUUAGCUAGCCGUUCAUAUGCCGUCAGGUAACUAGGAUUUCUACCUCACCCGUGAGACCUAUGCAAGGACGGGGGCCGCGGUGCUGGCGGCCGGCCACGGGACGGCGAGGACGGACAGGACAGGAGGCGAGUUCUACUGUGAAUCAGUGCUGCGCAGAUCUGCGGGAGAGUGGGGGCCUGGCUCCGGCUCGUACUGUUCAUAGUUUUAGAUAAAGUAUUUAUCGUUUUUUAAAAAGUAUUAACAACUUUGACUUAUUUUAUUCCACCGAAGUCAUAAAGGCAACCUAUUGAGAAAUGUAAAUACUAUAUAUGAGAGGAUCUAUAUAAAGACACCUACCCGAAGGACUGGCCACCCGCGGAGACGCCGACCGCUGGUCCCGGUGCUAUCGUCGCCAGGCUCGCCCCUCCACGUUCUCUUGGUGCUGACUCGAGGUUGACCCACGCCAGACCAGUCCUUGACGCACCCGCCCAUUGAUUCCCGCGGCUCUUCCUAUCCCACAGGCCGCGUGCCAGCCCUCAGAAAAGGCCUGUCGCCCAGAGGGCGCCGCCCGCCCGCGCGCCCAUCACUGUGAAUGGCUCCCCACCAGACUGUUAGCCCCUCGGUCCGGGAGCAGCGCCUUUGGCAUAGGAAGGGCCUGGCGGGCGCGGCCAGGUCUCUCCAUCCUGCUCAGCAAGGCUGCGGCGGCAGAGCCACGAGGGGACCCGCUGGGAGUGGUGCUCGUGCGGACGGCUCGGCGCGCUGGCUGCUGGAACAAGUGCAUUACUUUUGUACGUCUUUGCUCGUCUGGGCUCCCCCCGCGGUCCGCUAGAGUGCAGUCAGCUCAUGGGGCACCAGCCGGUGACGCGGGGCAGGUCAGUCGUGGGUGCCUGGUUGUGUCUGUACAGAAGAGAGUCACGGUGACGAGUGACAGUAUUUUAUAGAGAUGUGAUGAAAAUUUAUAAAUUUCAUAGACUUGACUUCAUUUAUUUUUAGAUUGUAUAAUGCACAGUAAACUAAAAAACAAGGAAGAAAGAAAAGUGAGGGGAGAAAACCUUUUUAUUUAUUCAAGUGCACACAGGUGGCACUGGCCCGGGCUGGCCCAUGCAGCCGCUCCAGGUCGCCACUGGCCCUCCGACCCCUCAGCUGCCCCCAUGCUGGAGCUGCCUCUGAGGUGCUUGUGAACGCAUGCGCUGGGGCGGGCGACCGGGGCGAAGGCUGCAGCCUCGCAGGAAGGCAGGAGAGCUGUUCUGGAUGCUUCCAGAGGCUAUCAGCAGGGCUGGGGGUUCCUUCCAGCACAGUGGUCCGUGACUGGCCCCGGGUCCCUCAGGCAAGCAUUGUCGUCUGUGUGUCAUCCCUGAAAGGGCAUGUCCAGAAGCCCUUGGUCCUCUGAAAGGGCCAACAUCGGCCAAAGGUCCUAGCAGGGGGGCCCAGAGCCUGAGGAGGGUGCUCCAGCAAGGGCUGGGUGGGUGCAGUCAGAGCCCAGUCCUCAGGUGCUUGUCCCCUCAAGGUGGCACUUGCCCCCGUGAGGUGGCGCCUGCCAGGGAAGGGGUGGAACUCAUUUCUCACCGAGGUGGGGCUUUGUGCCGGGACUUAACUUGUUGCUCGAGGAAAAGCCUGGAGCUCCCGCCCCGCCCAGCCUGGCUGGCAUGGCCCAUCCCUCCAGAUGUGGGUGCCAGGGGCCCUCUGCCUGUCUGAGAGGCCAGGUAUGGCAGCCCACACUGGCCUGCUUCCUCCUUGUCCCUGGCAACAGGUCCGAUGGCCAGAUGGGCAGAGGCUGGUGGGACGCAGGCCAGCAGGUGCAUGGGCAGGAUGGUCUGCUGCCUCCAGCCACCUCCCAGGGACAGAGCCACCCGUGUGGAGCAGGCCUGGCCGUUGGCUCAGCUUGAAGUGGCUGGACCCCUGGUUGCCACGGGUGGGCCUGGAAGAGCCUCCUUCCUGCGGGGCCAGGCUGAUGCCCCGGCCCAGAGCAAUAGUUGAAGCUGAAGAUGGUGCUUGUGACGGGAACCAGCCCGUCCUCUGUAACUGGCUGCCCUGGGGCCUGCCCUCGGGGCCGGUGCUCUCAGCGUACGAAGGUGCUGUGCCUCACCCCGUGAGCCCUUGUACCCUGCGCCCCAGCCCCCAGGACAAGGUAGCGUAUGCUUGGCCUGUCCCCUCCACACGUCGGGAGCACAGGGCUCCCUAAAAUGCUGCGGAGCUGACAGCAGAGAAAUGCCCGCACGCAGCGAGUCCCCGGUCUAGGACCAAGCAAGCCUGCGGCACCCUGUGUCACUCAUGUGGGCGGCCACUCACGUGCCAUAGCUGUCCUCCUUGUGUCCGCAUGCGCACACAAGGCUGGGCAGCAGCGCCCACUGGGGGGGGGCCCUGGCAGCAAGUGCUGGGGCGCCUCCUUUCUGCACCAGCCCUCUAACAGAGUAGCCUCUGCGCAGGAAGGCCGCCGGGGGGUUGGUGGGGAGCAGCAGGCCAGGGGCUCCAGGUGGCUCGGGACAGUGCCCGGUGCUGCUGACUGGGCAGCGGACACCUUCAGGGAAGCCAGUGGGCUGCACGGUCGCUUUGCUCAGGAAACCCCAACAACUAAGACCACCCUCCAUCAGGAGGGGCCAGCCUUUCCUCCCUGCUGACUCUGACUUAUUUAAGACCCCCGCCCCUUUAUUUAUCCUCCGGCCCGCAGCAGGAGGCUGUUCGCGCCGCCCCAUCAUUCCCGUCACCCAGCCCCUCCACGCGACUUGUUUCUCAUGUCUCGACCUCAGUUUGUAACUCAGACGGGCUCCGCUGUGUUCUCCGGGGAGACUGUUGGAGGUGGGGGCACUGGCGCGGCCUGCCCCUCUCUUCCUAAGGGAAUCCCUGCGCUCUGCAUUCCCACCUCUGGACGCUGUAAUAAAAUAUCUGUUUCCACUUGAA